UACGUAUAUAAUAAACUAAUAUUUAUACCAAAAAAAAUGGUAUGACCUAGUAAAAGUGAGAGGCUAAUAAACUGUGUAUUAAUUUAUUGUGUAAAAUUAGCGGAUGAAUUACAUAUAUAUAAUAUGCUAUAACAGUCGUGGAAAUCAGAAUUAACAGCUUUUUCCUUCUUUACAUUACAUUUCGUCUAGGCACGUAGUACCAAUAUUCGGAUAGCUUGCGAAACUGUCGGUGUAUUGCGUUCUCACAAUUCAGUUGUGAGGUAAUCUGUGUUUCACAAACGGUUCAUGUUGCAAAGCUCAACGUCAUAACCCCAAGAGAUACACAUAGCGACAACCUUUGUAUUAUUUGCAGGGUCUUUGCUAUGACUCACGUAUUUGAUAGUUUAUAACAAUUUCAUAUUGAAAUUCACCAACUUACUCGUUAGGAACUCGAGAUAUAUCUAGAAUAGUAUCAUCUAGUUUUAAAAUACAAUCCGUCUCAACUUUCGAAAAUGUUCGAGGACGUGAAUCAGUUGGAACGACAGUCUUCGACGAUGUCAGCUGAAGACCGGUACACACUUCAUACCUCACACAAGAAAGGAGCUUUUGGUGAAGUGUGUACAGGAAUUGAUAAUGUCACUGGAAAGUCUGUAGCUGUGAAAGUUAUGUCUCUAUCAGGCGAGUCUUCAGCGCAUGAGAGUGUUAUGCGGGAAGUCACUUUCUGCAAUAUGUUUGACCAUCCCAACGUAAUCAGUACGCUAGACGUUCUAGAGUAUGAUGAUUGCGUUAUGGUAGUGCAGGAAUGGUGUGGAAAGGGUGAUCUGUUCGACAUGGCAGUACCGCUGGAGGGAAUAUCUAACCCCGAGCGUCUACGACGCUAUGCAGGCGAACUCUUCGAAGCCGUAUACUACUUGCAUUCACUUGGUGUCGUCCAUUGCGAUAUCAAACCUGAGAAUGUUGUAGUGGCGGAUGACGACUCUCUUCGAUUGAUCGAUUUCGGUCUAUCUGGAUAUGACUGGGAAGAGAUUGACUCUCUCACCGGCACAGUUCCGUAUAUGGCUCCAGAGAUGUAUUGCCCUGCGGAGGGGCAGGUGAUAGAUGGCAAGGCGGCGGAUGUUUGGAGCGUGGGUAUUGUUUUGUUCGCGCUACUGACAGGUGUCUUACCGUGGAAUCAGCCCACUCGUCACGAUCCUGAUUUUGGGAUGUGGCAGGCGCGUGGGUAUAAGUUUGAUGUUUGUGCACUAGGCUGGAGCGAGUCACUCCAACUGUUGAUGGGUGGCCUUCUAGAUCCGAAUCCAGAGACAAGAUGGUCUAUGGAUGAUGCUGUGCAUAUGACUCGUAAUGAUUUGGUCUCAUUCGAUUUGAUGGAUGCAGCAAAUGCGAAACCCACUGCAGGUGGUCGCAUGCUGUUGCCUGCAACGAAUAGUGGAGAUAAGUGGUUUGGAGUCACUGAAGCCGAUGUAGGGUUAAGUCCUAAUAACUCCUUUCAGAAACGUCCGGACUUGGAGAUCGUGUUCGGAGACUCUAUCGAUAAUGAGGAGUGUGCGAGUGAAGGUAACGAAUUGCCUUGGUCUGAACUGCCUUGUCUGUCAGCAACUCCUCGUUUUGUCUCGAUGUAUUGCGGCGAUUCCGAACUUUCGGGUGAUAGUGAAAGUGAAGGCGAGGAGGAGGAUAAUUGUAGCGAUUUCGAGGAGGAUGAAUGCGAGGACAGACAGAUUGGCACGACUUGGUUCGAUUGGUCCGAAGAGGGCAGUAGUAACGUUGUGCCGUCGCGAGCGUCCGUGUGCCUGCCAAAUACCGACGGUAGCGAGCAACGUAUGGAGUGGGGUGAUAUGUUGGAAGCGAGUAUGUCGUUUUCGUCACUGCCAACGUUUGAUGAGCGUUCCGAUAAGGAGUCUGACGAUACAUGUCAGGUGAAGUCCUUAGGAUCAACAUCGUCUCGCGGUAGCAUAUUUUUUGUGGAAUCAGAUUGCGAAUCAGAAUGUGGAGAAUCGGAUAUGGACGAUAUCACGUGCACACAGUCUAGUCUGAACAUGGAAACCUUGAGCGAGUUCGACAUUGGUGACGAGUUCAAGUGUGUGAAUAGGUGGGAAAGUAUGCUAGAUCGUGAGAUGUCGUUCAACACUGUGCCCGUAUUUAACGAUAUCGCUGAGGAGGGCGAAAGCGAAGCAAGUGACGCCUGCGAUACUAAUGAGCGUUCAAUCGGAGGAAUUUUGGAGUGCCAAGCUGAUCUUGGCUCCAGUUGGGCCAGCCUUAUUACUCGUCAGAUGUCCUUCAAUACUUUGCCAGUUUUUGACAAGUCUGUCAAUGUCAGCGAUGACAAAGUGGUUUCGGAGAGCUCGUCGAGCAUGUUGCAGCGUGUUCUCUCCAGUACCAGCCUAAUGAAGUUGCGUUCUGCAGCUUCCAAUUUGGCGUCGCCUAAACCGGUGCGACGAUUCCAGAGUUUCAAUCAGACAAAUUUAUCUGAAGCCCCUGCCAAUAUGCCUAGCAACAUAGUGGACCAGAUUGCACGUUGUGUAGUCAGCACUGUUUAAUAUUUAUACCGACAAACAAGUGCCAUGGAAGGGAGGAAAUAGAAGACUUAUCGAUGAACAAUCAUUGCAAUUAGAAUAUUUGCAAGUUGUGUCGAUAGCAAUGAGUAUUUAUGAACAAAGAAGUGUACAGAACUAGGUUGCAUACCUGGAACUGAAACUUUGGCGACCCAAUCGUUUGAGGGCAGUGUAACUCGACGGUUGUCUCACGAGAGUGAAAGUAUGAUAACAUCUCAUUAGAGAUGUGGAUAGAUGUAGUGGUGUAGUGAAUAGAAUGUCUAAGAAUGGAAUAAAUUCUACCUGCUUCACAGUUAUUAUCUUGGUUGGCGAGCGAUGUCUGCUACAAGCACUAUUCAAGUAUUUGCAAGGGUUAUACGUUCGCGAUUUUCAUAUUUCAAUCGCCUUAUCUAGAAUGCAGAGAUUACUUUUUUCCUUGCCUUGAAUUCAUACACAGAUCCUCUUGGAUAAGUAUUUGCAGAUUUAUAAAUAUGAUGGCUCUACGUUCGCGAUUUACAUAUUUGUAGUAUUAGUCGAAUACAUUAAUCGCCUUAUCUGAAAUGACGAAGUGAUUCUUUUCUUUAUUGGAUGCUACAGAAAUGGUUCCUUUCUUUAUUGGAUGCUACAGAAAUGUACAGAAAUGAAAGUUCGUGUCCAUGUAGACAUAAUCUAGCUAGCCCGUAUGUACAAUGUGCAAGUACACACGAGUUGAAAGUUUGUUUACUAUGAAGUGCGAGUGUUUAUAAAGAUAUUAAUUUUCAUUCUUCCAAGAAAAAUUCUAGACGUGAGACAGGUGCAUGAACAUGCGUGUGAAUGUUCUUGUGCAUGUCUAUCGGUGGUUGGUCCUGUGUUCCACAAAUAAAUAUGACCGUCUAUAGAAUAAACACGUACAAUUUAAAAAAACCCUUUUACUAGUGCAAAAGUAAUGUCAAGUAUAUGCUCACAAUAAUAGCAUCUCGCCUAUAACUACAGUCAUGUUGGAACAUUUGGGCAGAAUACGCCAGCUAUUGCGCUUGAACCCGGUCUCAUCGGCUCAGCCCUGGGCUUCCGUGCCAUCUGUUUACUGAUUACACUCUCUCCCCACAAUCAGGUUCUGUAUGGGAUAUCAGACAUCGUAUGAGCUAUAAUAAUAAACGCUCGCAAGCUAAAUUGUU